CCCUUUCUCCUUCUCCCUCUCUCCUUCUCUCUUCCUCUCUCCUUCUCUCUUCCUCUCUCCCUCUUCGCUCCUCCGACGUCUUCGUUUCUUCGUCCCCCUUCUUCUAUAAUUCAGAACGCAACACGUCGGUGACGCACGUCCACCGCCAGCAUGAGCGACAAGGAGCAGAACAAGUGGAAAAGGAAAGUGCCGACGCGCAUCUACGACUAUAACUACAAGGUGGGCGAGAGCUACUACAACCCGCAGAAGGAGUUCAUCGAGAAUCGCGAGUUCCUGACGCAGCGGAAGGCGCCCCCGCCAGAGGCACAGACGUACGCCGAGCGCUUCGCCAGCCGCCCCUUCUACGGCAAGGCGCACGGCCUCCCCUACGGCGAAGAGGAGAAGCAGCGCCCCUUCCAGCGGAGGGCGUCCAGCGUCGGCCGCUCCAGGGACCGGAGCAGCCGCGAGAGCGACGACGUCCCGAGGGCAGGCCCGCGCGGCGGCCGCGCCAGGGACCGCACGCUCUCCUUCAACGACGACAACUUCGACCUGAGCGUGAAGAACGCGCUGAAGAACUUCUCUCUCGAUGACGACGUCGUGAUGCCGCGGCGGACCAAGUUCUCGCUCGACGACGAGUCCGACUUCAAGGUUCCCGUCCGGCGCGCUUCCACGAGCAUCGACCGCGACCUGGCGGCCGAGUUCGCGAUCCGGCCCGAGAACAAGUCGGAGCUCAUGAAGAAGUUCAAGGCCCUGGAGCGCGAGUUCGAGAAGGCGGACGCCAUGGAGCGGGGCUCCACGUCGCGCAAGAUGGAGCACAGCACGUGGAACGACGAGCUCAGCCUGCCGGGCAGGCGCUCCGUCAAGCGGGACGAAGUGUCGUACAUGGACCCCGACACGGGCGCCAAGGUGCACAAGAGCUCAUACAAGGAGUCGAGCAAAUUCGAGUCGUCGUCCUCGUCCUCGAAGCCCCCGCUCAUGCCCCGCCCCCCGAGGCCCUCCCGCCUUCUCAGCGUCGACAGCGACUCGGACUUCAAGGUCCCCUCGCGGCCCCGGGACCGCCGCAUCAGCCUGGGCGACAUCAGCGGCGACGACAUGGACAUCAAGAGCCUGGCGUCGAAGGCCCUCAGCCACAUCCGCGACGCCGGCGCUGACUUCGAGAGCAAGAGGUUCCGCGGCGCACGCGAGAUCCGCGACCAGCGGCGGGCCAAGGAGUCGGAGGAGCUGACGGCCAACAUCAACAAGAUAAUCAAAAAGAUGAGGAAUCACGACGAGGGCGACGUGAACCAGAUCAAGGUGAGCCGCACCUUCCGCUCCUCGUCGCUCGAGCCCCUUCAGCGGGAGACCAUCGUGAGGGCGAGCCCGACCCACCGCUUUGUCUACGGCAUCUCCAGGUUUUAAGCGGAGGCGCCGCGCUUGCUGGUUAACCAUAUAUUCUAUUUUUCCUUUUUGGUCUUCUUGGAGGGGCUAUGUACACACUAAAAAAAUAUCUAAUAUUAUCUAUCCUUUCUAUGACAUUUAGUCUGUUUCUAUCUUUUUCUUGCCUUCUUGCUCUCUUUUUGAUUUGUAUUUUAGAAGAAAAAAAAAGAUGAAAAGGCUUUAAAAAAAGAUAAAGUUACUUUUCACUCAUUAACCCCGUGUUGCAAAUCUCCAUAGAGCCAGAUAGAAGCAGCUGCCACCCUAGCAGGUUGAAAUGAGAAAUAACAGUGAAUGAUCUUAGAAGUUAUAGUCUUUUCUUGAUGCUUAUAGGCUCUUUCUUGGUGGCAUCAUCAGCGACGCAGAGAUUUCCAACUGGGUGCUAGGAUGCCAGAAAACGGGAUGGUCUGAUCCAGCCAGUGUUAUCUCUCUUCGCUAUGCUGCCUCCCCGCGAUCCGACUAACACGCUCUCUGCCUUGUCCUCGUCCGUGUCUGUACUUUCUUUGUUCCCCCGUUGCCCCAUUGGUCUUUUUAUAACGUGGUCUACGUAACAUCAGCUAUUGACUAUCAAAAUCCUGCCCUAUUUUCAAAACUUUUACUUGAGGUUAAUGCUCUUGUUAUCUAAUUGUAUAUUUUAAAAUAUAAAUAAAAGUACAAUUGUAAA